UCCCAUCAGCAGCAGCAGCGGUAGUGUGCUGUGUGAAUGUACAUAUGUGUGUAUGCAGUCAGAUCCUUGUACAAACUCGCUGUGAGAAGGAGAAAGACCUCCCCAGCUAACAGUGGUUCAGUGUUUUGGACCCUAACCUGUGGGUCGGUGCACCGCUCUGCAAAGCAUGAAAACUGGGAUCCAGCAGCUCACAGGACGAGAGAGAGAGGAAGGUGCACAACCAAGGAGCUGAACCCUCGGGACCAUCAGUAGGGAACCAUGUGCAGCUCCCUGAGCCCCAAACAGCCCAGCGGGCCUGGCCUCACUGACAUGCAGCAGUAUCAGCAGUGGCUAUCCAGCAGACAUGAAGCCAGCCUGCUGCCUAUGAAAGAGGACCUCGCCCUGUGGCUCAACAAUAUUCUUGGUCUGGAAAUCACAGCAGAGAGCUUCAUGGAUCGCUUGGACAACGGCUUCCUGUUGUGCCAGCUGGCUGAGACGCUGCAGGAAAAGUUCAGGCAGAGUAUCGGAGAACUAGCUUCACAUGGAAACAGCAAGAAUAUUCCCCAUCAAAGGAUACCAUGUCGGCAGAGUGCUCCCUCUGGCUCCUUUUUCGCUCGGGACAACACAGCCAACUUCCUGUCCUGGUGUCGGAAGGUUGGAGUUGGAGAGACAUGUCUGUUUGAGUCAGAGGAUUUAGUUCUUCACAAACAGCCAAGAGAGGUGUGUCUCUGUCUUUUAGAGUUGGGACGGAUAGCUUCAAGGUACAAUGUUGAGCCUCCUGGCCUUAUAAAGCUCGAGAGAGAGAUUGAACAAGAAGAGGAAGCACCUCCUCCAUCACCAUCACCUGUAUCCCCAACACAGCCACUCCCUCCAUCCCCCCCUUCAUCUCCAUCCCCAUCUCCGACUCUAACCAAAGUCAGCUCCAGUAAAAAAAGUACAGGGAAGCUGCUGGAUGAUGCUGUUAGACACAUCGCUGAUGAUCCUCCCUGCAGAUGCCUCAAUAAAUUCUGUGUGGAGAGACAUUCACAGGGUCGAUACCGCGUUGGAGAGAAGAUGCUUUUCAUCCGGAUGCUGCACAACAAGCACGUAAUGGUGCGUGUGGGUGGAGGCUGGGAGACCUUUGAGAGCUACCUGCUGAAACACGACCCAUGCCGCAUGCUCCAAAUCUCCCGAGUAGAGGGGAAGACUUCUCCUGUCAGCAGUAGCAAGUCUCCCAAUAUAAAGGACCUCACCCCUGACAGCUACCUGGUCGUAGCUGCCCACUACCGCAGCAAAAAGUAGAGACUGCACAGUGCCAACAAUGAAAGGACAGAGGAUGACUUCUUGCCAUUGAUUACUGCCAAAUGGAUGUCGCUACCAAACAAAACUCUGUUCUUAUACAAAUUAUUUUGUUAUAUCAACAGACUAAAGAGCAUCUAUGAGAGCAGAGAAAGAGAAAAUUCUACCAAAUGUAUCUAUGCAGAUGAAGUCUGGAAUCACACUAGCAGGCCAAUUAAAUGUACUUUUUUAGUUUAAAGAUCUGCCAACAGCUUUGAAAUAUACCAAUGAAAUGAUAUGAAACUGCACAGUAAAUCUGUACAUUUUCUUGAGUUGAUUUUAAACUCAAUAACUGUAUUUUUUAGCAAUGUAUCACCUGUAGUAGUUAGACUCAUCUCUGUAAUUUAACACAUAUCUAUCAGGCCUGCGUUAUCAGGCUGGUUCUGACGUGUUAGUAAAGAACUUUUCUGAGUAAAAUAUAAAAGGUGGUUCUGCAAGUUGAAAGAACUGGUCAUCCUAGGUAAAUGUGUAUUUGAGUGUGACAGUCUUCUCACAGGCCAUGUCUUAUCCCAUUGUUUUUAUUUGGUUGUUUUGCUCACACUGUUAUCCUUCAUGUCUUUAUAACAUACUGAUGAUACCAGUAGCUCUAGUUUGCAUCUGCUAAAGAUUGAAAUGUAACUUUUGCAUUGAUUUUAGAAAAAUAAUAUUCAAAAAGAUAUUAUAUACAAAUCUGUUGAUCCAGAUACUCUAUAGCAAUGUUUCUCAACUUAUCUAGCCCAAGGACCCCAAAAGAACUCCUUAUAGACAUAUUGACACCCACAUUUCAAAAAUAAAAUAAAAAGAUAAAGAAAAUAAUUUUAAUCACUACAAUUUUGAUUGUAAACCAAAAUUGGUGCAGUUUGGAUCUGAGCCAGAGUGCACAACUAAGCUGCUUCACUGACAAAAACCAUUAGAAAAAACCUCUUCAUGACAAAGUGAAAACAUUUCUACAAAGUUAUGUCAAUUAAAUGGGAAUAUGUAAGGUAAAAUAAUUGUCAUCCCCUUCAAGUCAGUAUUUAGUAGAUGCAUGUUUGGCUGCAACCACAGCACUGAGUCUGUGUGGAUAGAUCUCAAUCAGGCUUGCGCAUCUGGAAACUGUAACUUUAUUCAAUUCUUUGUUGCAAAAUUGCCAAAGUUCUGUCAGGUUGCAGGGGGAUCAGGCAUGAACAACCCGUUUCAAGUCUAUCAACAAAUUCUCUAUUGGAUUGAGGUCUGGGCUUUGACUCGGCCACUGCAGAGUAUUCACCUUGUUUGGCUUUAAUCCUUUUCUGUGCAGCUUUCUCUGUAUGCUUCGGGUCAUUGUCUUGCUGGAAAAUAAAUCAAGUUGUAGUUCUCUUGUAAGGGGAUGUUCAGUGCCCUGGAUUAUUAUUAUUUUUUUUUGUAUUCAUCUCCUGACUUACAUGUUUUAAUAACCUUUUGUCUGAGUUGCAUGGGAUAACAGUGGCCAGGAAUUCUGAUUAACCAGUGACUGGACUUUCCAGACACCGGUGUCUUUAUACUACAGUCACUUGAGAUACUUUCACUGUACUCAGGUGAUCACCAUUUCAGUAAUUGUUAGGACUACUAGCACUAGUUGGCUGGUCCUCUGUUAAAUUAGGUCAGUUGUUUCAAAGAUAUUUAUGAAAUCACUUAUUUUACCUUACGUAUAUUUAAUUCAAUCGAUAUUAAUGUUUAGAAAUUGGUUUUCACUUUGACAUGUAAGACUUUUUGUGAUUUUUGGGGUAAAAAAGCCUAAUUAGAUUGACUGAUUAAUUUAUAAAUUCAUUAAAAGGGUAAAACAUCAAAGGGGUGAAUAUUUUAUAUAGGCACUGUAACUUUGAGAGUGAUAGUCCAAUACUACCAUUUUGCCACUUGUUUAAUCCCUGGCACACAUCUAUGACCCACUUUUAGGUCCUGGCCCAUCAGUUGAGAACCACUACUCUAUGGUAUGUUUGUAUCACUGCCAUAUCUCUCUUAAAUACCAAAUGUCAUAAAAUGAAAACUUUUCUGUGAGAUGUAAAUUAAGUAAUAUUGGAAUGUUUAUUAACUACUCUAUGCAAUGCAAUCAUUUUUACAAUAAUUUUUUGUAAUUUUACAAACGGUGUCUGUUUUUUUACACAAAUUCACUGUAAGAGCUUGAACAAUCACCUCUCCAACAUGCAGUAUGUACUUUAUAUAAGAAUUACCAGUAGAUUGAUGUAUUUGUUCUUGAAUUAUUUAACCUUUUGUAAUCUGAACUCCAGACAGAUUGCAAUCAUUGAGACUUGGUCAAUAUUCUGCUUCCUGUAACUGGUUUUCUUUGAAUUGAUAAAAUUUGUAUACCAUCAGCAUGUAAUUUUUUUUCCUGAAAAUGUGGGUUUUAUGAGAACAGUGUCUUUGCAGUAUAACCCAAAGAACUCUUUGUGAAUUACUUAAGUCCAAUUUGUGUUUUGGGGUGUAAGUUUUCAA